AUCGACCUCUGGCCACACUACUCAUCAAACCCAUGUUUUGUUUACGUUUUUUACCUCGUUGAAAACAUGUUGAGAGUUACUCAAGUAAAAAACAGCCUCUUGGAUGGCGCCUCCAUAGCAGAGGAGCUGUACUCAACGCCACAGGAUGGCGACAACUUCUUUGAGAGUCUGGAGAAACCGGCCAAGGAACCUGAAAACCUGGCCCCGCGCAACACAUUCAUUCGUGCCGGCGUUGUGACCACAGUAAGGGGCUCUGCCUACAUGGAAUAUGGAAACACAAAAGUCCUGGCCAUUGUCUCGCCACCAAAGGAGCUAAUCCGCGCCAGUGCUCGACGCAUGAACAUGGGCGUGCUCAACUGCUAUGUGAACUUUGCGGCCUUUGCCACUGGAGAGCUGGAAUCCGUGCCGGAGAGAGAACGCCUUCUGAGCAGCAUGCUGACCAAGGCCAUGGAGCCGGUUGUGUGCCGCACGGAGUUCCUCAACUUUCAGCUGGACGUCCGAGUGCUGAUCCUCGACGAUGAUGGCUGUCUGCUGAGCACGGCCAUUAAUUGCUGUGGCGUGGCCUUGGUGGAGUCUGGCAUUUCCACCUAUGACUUGAUCACGGCGUCCACAGCGUGUAUUUAUAGGGAUCACGUCUUCCUGAAUCCCAGCGCCAAAAUGGAGGAGCUGCUUUGGAAACACCGCACUGGCACUGGCACUAGCACUGGCUCAGACAGCAAAGAUAACACCAGCACCAAGUCAGUCCAGGAGCACGGCCUGAUCAUCACCGCCAGCUUGGACACUUUUGAACAGAUUGCACAGUGCCAGCAAUGCGGGUAUCUCAGCCCAGAAACAUACAUGAAGCUGAUGGACUACACCCUGGCUAUUAAUAAGUCGCUCCGCCAGCUGGUUAAGGGGGUCCUAACCGCGCGGGUGAGGGAGCAGCAUGAACUAGAUCUGCGCGAGAAGGCGGAGAGUGCUCUGGAGGAUCAGAGAUUGGCCGAGGUCAUUGAGCGGCUCAAGCUGCGGGGUCUGGAUGAGUUUAUACAGUCCAAUAUCAAGGAGGAUCCCUAUGUUAAAAAGCAAUAGGGGAACUGGAAAUAAAUUGCAGAAAGGAAGGUUUCAAAUUGUUUCAGAUAAAAACACUUUUUGCACUUAAA